UGUUUAUUGUGAUGAGUAAUGGUGUCUUGGACUUUCUACGAUUGUAGAUUUUGAUUUGUCCGAAUUCUGAAGUAUAAUUUCAAGCCAACUGCUCUGAUGGAUUACGAAGAUUUGGUCCAUCCAAUGAUCGCAGAGGAUGCCGAUGACCUUCUGGGCGGUGAAAAAAGAAAGUCGCCACUUUGUGUUCUCUUCAAGGAUGCAAGGCAUGUUUUAAAGAAGGAUGAGCUUGGCAUGGAGAUAGCCCAAAUUGCAUUUCCUGCAGCCAUGGCUUUGACAGCUGAUCCCAUUGCUUCCCUAAUUGACACUGCAUUCAUUGGCCAAAUAGGUCCAGUGGAGCUUGCUGCUGUGGGAGUGGCUAUUGCUUUGUUUAAUCAAGUAGCAAGGAUUGCAAUAUUCCCACUUGUCAGUGUCACAACUUCUUUUGUUGCAGAGGAAGAAACUGUUGGAAGAGCGAUCACUGAUGACCAGGAAAAUGAAAACUUGGAAAUGCAGUUAGCUCCAAACAGUGAAAGGAAAGAGUUGAUUCCAAAAUUUGUUUCAGAACGUCCUGCUGGUGGAAAUUCAGGCAUGUCCAAGUUUCAGCAUGAGAAGAGGAAAAUCCCAUCAGCGUCAUCGGCAUUGGUUAUUGGAGGGGUGCUCGGCCUUGUCCAAGCCAUAUUCUUAAUUUUUGGAUCAAAACCUCUCUUAAAUUUCAUGGGGGUGAAAUCAGAUUCCCCUAUGAUGAACCCAGCACAACAAUACUUGACAUUAAGGUCAUUUGGUGCUCCUGCAGUUCUUCUGUCGCUUGCCAUGCAAGGGGUUUUUCGAGGAUUUAAAGAUACAAAAACUCCUUUAUAUGCUACUGUGGCUGGAGAUGUAGCAAACAUCAUAUUAGAUCCAUUACUUAUUUUCGUUUUCCGUUUGGGUGUUAGUGGCGCAGCCAUUGCCCAUGUUAUUUCUCAGUACCUAAUUUCAUUUAUACUGUUGUGGACAUUGAUCAAGAAAGUUGACCUUGUGUCACCAAGUCUCAAAGAUUUGAAACUUGGCAGGUUUCUUAAAAAUGGUUCUUUAUUGUUAGUGAGGGUGAUAGCUGUGACAUUCUGUGUGACCCUGGCAGCAUCAAUGGCUGCACGGUUGGGACCAACACCAAUGGCUGCAUUUCAAGUCUGCUUGCAGGUUUGGUUGGCAGCAUCUCUUCUUGCUGAUGGGUUGGCUGUUGCUGGACAGGCAAUUAUUGCUAGCGCAUUUGCUGAAAACGAUUAUAGCAAGGCAACCGCCACCGCAUCCAGGGUAUUACAGUUGGGUUUUGUUCUGGGGUUGGUGCUCUCUGUUUUCCUAGGAGUUGGCUUGCAGUUUGCAUCACGGUUAUUCACUAAGGACAUCAAUGUUAUUCACCUCAUAAGUAUAGGCAUCCCGUUUGUAGCAGCUUCUCAGCCACUCAACGCCUUGGCUUUUGUUUUUGAUGGUGUCAACUUUGGGGCAUCUGAUUUUACAUAUUCUGCCUAUUCCAUGGUUCUUGUAGCCAUAAUCAGCAUCCUUUGUGUGUUACUUCUCUCUGCAAGCCAUGGUUUUGUUGGAAUUUGGGUAGCUUUGACAAUAUAUAUGAGUCUUCGCACCUUUGCUGGCUUUUGGAGGAUUGGAACUGGCAGUGGACCUUGGAGCUUUCUCAGAACCUUGACAUCGCCUUUCUAUGGUGACAACUUGUAGCCCAAAGGGAAUUGUAUAUUCUUAAUGACUCGUCCAAUCGAAGAAAUUGAUCUCUUGCGAUGAUGCUUUUGGCACUUGUACCUGUGGUAUCUUCCCUAUAUUGUGUCUUUAGUUAAUUGUUUAGGGU